UUAGGCAUCCCCCUUAGAUUGUUUGUACAAUCUUUUGCUUCCUCAUCAGCACCAUCCUUUAAGUUAAUAUUUGGCCUUGCAUUCGACUAAAACAUUUGUAUAAGAUGUCGGACAGUCGUCGUCGUAGGAAAUCUCAACAGUCCGGCGGUUCGGAUGAUCUUUCAGAAUCGUAUGACGAACUCAACGCCACGAAGGAGACGCAGAGCAGUGAACAUACAGAGGAUCAGCACGACUCAGAAUAUGAUACUGCAGGCAGCGAUUCAGAUACAGAAUCUCAGGAUAAGAAUCAGCGAGAAAGUGGAGACGGUCAGGAGGAAGAAAAAACUCCAAAAAAGUUGGAGUGUGAUGAAGAUCGAAGAAAUCCACAAUAUAUUCCUAAACGGGGUACUUUUUAUGAGCACGAUGUUAGAACAGCAGAUGAAGUAAAUGACGAAAUUACAGAAACACAGCCAGAACGUGAAGUAAAAGAUAAGAAAGUAUGGAAAGAUAAAGAAGAUAGAUGGGAUCAUGAUAGGUAUAAUGAUGAAGAACAAGCCCCAAAAAGCCAUGCUGAAUUAAUAGCAGUAUAUGGCUACGAUAUCCGAAAUGAGGAAGGACCACCUAGAGCACGAAGGAGAAGAAGAUAUGGACGUGGUCCAAAUAAAUACACACGUAAUUGGGAAGAUGAAGAUGCUUAUGGAAAAGUUGCAGGAAGUGUACCUAUGCAUAAAACUAAUAUUAAAAAAUCCAAUCGAACUGGAGAAGAUUUUCCGUUAUUAAAUUCAAAGGAUAAUGAUGUGUCUAAAAUGACAGAAGAGGAACCAGUAAUUACAUCAGCUUGGUAUAGUAAUAAGAACAAGAUACAUUUGAAUAAAAUACAAAAUUUUCCUCCAUUGCAACAAACUGAUGGUCAGAAACCAAAAUCUAAACAAUUUACAAAUAGUCAAGUAAAUGAAAAUAAAGUUCCAAAUGAAAGAAAUAAUUUAGUUUGGAAAAGAGAAGUGAAACAUACUCCAUAUAUUCAAAAUACAAAUGAAUGUAAUGUAGCUACUGGUGAUACUGAAAAAAUUGUGAUUGUAAAAACUACUCCUCGGGAUAAUAAAAGAUCACCCCAAGUACAAGAGACUGUAAACUUUACAGCAAAUAAAAGUCGCGGACGUGGUUUUAAAGCUAAUACAAAUAAUAAUAUAGUUGGAAGUAGAACGAUAGAAUCUAAGCCAAAAGGGAGAGGCUCUGGUCUUAUCAAUACGGAUAAUAGAAGAAGUAAUAUUGAACAUGAACAAAUCAUUAGUGAUAUGAAACAUAUGAAUUUAUCUACAGAAGGUCCGUCAUAUCAUCAUGCCACAAGACAAAAUAAGCACUUUUACAGUCAAACAUCUAGUCAACAGCAUUCGACUUUAGUUCCUCCGCGUAUUCAGCCAAGUCAUCCGCAACAACAACCACCUCCAUCUCAACAACAAGCUCCUCAACAAACAUCUCAACAAGACAUAUCUACAAAUCGACCGAAGCGAUAUUCUAGCCUUCGUCAACGGCCUCCAAUCGCAGAAGGGCCUACAAAUUCAGGACAACCAAAUUAUCAAUCUGCUCCUCAACACACUUAUUAUCCUCCUCCUCAAGCUGGAAGUUCAAGAGCUGUUUUAGAAUCACCAGGAUAUCCACCGGGUCCAUACGAGCAAACAGCACCAGUAUCAGCAGCAGGAACCGCAAUGACCGGUCAGUCGGUAAUUCCAAUACCUCCUGGAGCCCAGCCAACUAAUUAUGCACCGCAUGCUCCUCAUGCGACUCAUGCGCCUCAUGCGCCACCACCGUUUCUUGUGCCACCACCACAAUUCAUACCAUCGCAAACGGCGCCGCCCAGCAUUAUAAAUUAUGUCACAGGACCAAAUGGUCCCAUUUUCCAACCCAACUAUCAAGGAUAUAAUCCUGCUGCCGUUCAACCAGGUCCACCACCUCCUCAAGAAGUAGGACUUUACCAACCUCAGGGCUGUACUUAUUACAGUCCAGCACAGCAGCAGCAGCAACAACAACAACAACCUGUUCCUCUUAGACGACCGAAAGCAGCAAUACCUAUACUUCCACCACCUGACAAUCUUCAAAAUCAGAACAACCGAGGACGAAAUCGAAAUACGCAACAACAAUUACAACCUCAAGUACAAGAACAAUUGCAACAACAGCAACAACAAGAACAAGCAAUACAGCAGCAACUGCAACAGCAUCAGCAACAUUUAAUAGAACAACAGCAGGAAGAACAACAUCAACAGUUAAUUGUACAGCAGCAACAUGAACAUCAACAAUUGAUUGAGCAGCAGCAACAAGAACAUCAACAAUUAAUUGAGCAGCAGCUACAAAAUCAACAUCAACAAUUGAUUGAGCAGCAGCUACAAGAUCAACAUCAACAAUUGAUUAAGCAACAGCAACAAGAUCAACAUCAACAGUUAAUUGAGCAGCAGCAACAAAAACAGCAGCAGUUCAUUGAGCAGCAACUAAAAGAUCAACAUCAACAAUUGAUUGAACAACAGCAACAAGAUCAACAUCAACAGUUAAUUGAGCAGCAACAACAAAAACAGUCACCGUUGAUUGAGCAACAACUACAAGAUCAACCGCAGCAACAUGAACAUCAACAAUUAAUUGAGCAACAGCAACAAAAACAUCAACAAUUCAUUGAGGAGCACCUACAAAAUCAACAUGAUCCAUUGAUUAAGCAACAGCAACAAGAUGAACAUCAACAAUUGAUUCAGCAACAGGAACAUGAACAGGUGCUUGAACAGGAAGAUCAACAUCAGAAAUUAAUUGAACAGCAGCAACUAGAUGAUGGUAAUAGUAGUAGUAAAAUUGUAAAUCAGCUAAACGAAGAAAUAACUUCUCAAGUAGUAGAAGAAACAACUGUUGCAGACAAAGAAAGAUCAGUAGUAUCUAGCGAAGAAAAACUAUUAGAAGCAGUUCUGAUCGAUACAGAAGCAGGACAGUCAAAGAUGCUAACUAAAGUCGAAGUUGUUGUUCCCGACAUUGUACCAGAUGUAAAAGAAAAAGCAGUUGUAACAACGAUAGCAACAAUCUCAGAAGCAACAAUAACUGUAACUACAGCAUCCGCGGAAGUAACAGCAGAUACCCCAGUAACGUGUAUCGUCGGGAGUACUGCAACAAUAGCCAGCAAGGAUAUGAAAGAACUUUCUACAAAGUCUGUUCAAUUAUUGAGUGGAAAAAAUGAGACGGACUGUAGUAUUAAGGAAAGUUCUGUGAUCGAAGAAGCAGCUGCCUAAAUUGAAGAAACAAAAAAGCUCUUGCAUGUUUCAAGAAUUACUCCUUUUUAUUGUAACUCUAUUACCAAUGGAUUUGUAUUAUGCUGAAGCAAACUGACAUAACUACUUUGCAUCUUAUUGAUAACGAAUUAUAUCAUAAAAUUUAGCGCUUUUGUCGGUUUGAAAAAAAAAAAUGAUGAAGGAUAAAAAUAUGUAAACGAGAGUUUUUAAUAUAAUGAUAUUGCCUUAUAGCAAUACAUUUAUAGUUCGCUUUUUCCUUACAAGAUAAAUACUAUAAGUUAGAAAAUGAAUCUUUAUUUUGUUAUAAGAUUUUAUUUCUUUUCAUUGAAUAGAAAUAAAACUGAUGAAACAUGUAAAUAAAAUUAAAAUCUGGCAAGUCGUGAUAGCGACAAAAGUUCUUCUCUAAUAUACUUUUUUUAUUUGUACAAAAAUAUUUGUAUAUCAAUGGCUUAAUUCACCAUAUGAAUGAAAGAGCUUUUGUUAAUCACUUAGUGUUUUAUAAUAUUCGAGGGCAUAGUAGCAGGAUCGAUAAAUGCUUUUUGACAAAUUUUUACUUUUACAUGAUCUUAAAAUAUAAAAAAUAAACAUAUUGUUAUUAUGUGGGAGAUUCAGAAAUUUUAUGAUAAAUUUAAGAAAUAAUGAGAGUAAUAUUAAAAGGAUAAGGCCUUAAACUCUAUAUCGCUUUUUCGCAAAUUUUCUGUUGCUUCUAAUUCAAGCAAAUCGUAAAGCAUUUAGUGGCAAAACUGUCAACCAAACUACUUGCAAAAAUGAGUAACUAAUUAAAAACAUUUUGAUAUUAUUCUUAUAAUCUUUACAGCUUCUACUAUUAUACUUUCAUCGCUUUUCAUUUUUUGCCACAACAAUGAGGAAAUAUAAAUACAUAAUAUACGUCACCUUGAAGUACUUUAUGUAUCAUUCUACAAAUUAUACUUGCACUAUAAUAAUAUGCUAGUGCAAGCUAUGCACAAUUGUGCGUUAUUAUGAAAAUAGAAAAAAUGACG